AUGUUAGAAAUAAGGAAGAGAUCUAUAUCAAUUUAAAACAAUUAGAACUUAAUGUUAGAUUGCUAUUUAACAUCCGAAUGUUCUCCAAAGAGAUUGAAAAGAGAUUCUUAGAAAUCUCAAUAAGCAACACUUUUAACAUCUCCAGUAUAAUGAUAAUAAUUAUGCUUAGAUUCGUUGUAUUUAGAAGAACAAUGUAAAUGAUUUUGAUAUCUAUUUGGAUGGUAAUUAAACAGUAAAAGAGGGUUGGUUAUAUUAGAAUAAAAGAGUUUAUGUUCAGUUAACAAGAUAAUCAAUAAAAGAAUAUAAUGAUGAAUAGAAAUAAUAACUAUUAAGAAUUUUAUCUUUAAAAGAAUUUGAAUUAACCAUAACUUAAGAGAAACAGUUAAUAAAGAUUAAAUUUACACAUCUUUAAUAAACAGUAUUAUAUUAAGCUAAAGAUAUAAUUGAAGCUAAAAUGUGGGUAAAUAGUUUAAAUAUUGUAUUUGAUAAAUACAGAAAUUAUCCAAAAAAUAGAUUAUAAAUAUAAGAAGUACCUCGUUAUUUUGGAAUAGAUGUGAUUUCUGAAGAUUACUUUUUAAAGAUAGUUGAAUCAGGAGAUCUUUUAUUAUUUGAAACUAAUAAUACAGGAGCAAAAUUGUAGAGAAUAUUUACAAAUACAAAAUAUGAUCAUGUUGCUAUUGCUAUUAAAAUGGCUAAUAAAUAUUUAUUUAUUUUUGAUGCAAAUGCUGAUACUGGAGUUACCUUUUUAGAAUGGUCAUAAUUUAUAGAGGUUAAUGAUUUAUAUGAAAAGUAAAUAUCAAAUAUAAUUUAUAUAUAGGUUAGCUAUUCGUAAAUUGAUGAAUGUUAAUAGAAUUGAAAUUGAAAAAAAGAUAAUUGAAUUCCUAUAAUAAGUUCAUGGAAAGAAAUAUGAAGUGACCAUUAGCAAAUUAUUUAGAUAAAAAAGUUUAAGUCCUUCUAAAAAGAAUGAUACUUAUUUUUGUUCUGAAUUAGUAGCUAAGGCAUAUAAGAAUUGUGGAUUAUUAGAAUCUGAAAAGGCUUGUAGUUCAUUUUGGCCAGUAGAAUUCACUAAACCAUUAAAAUUAAGCAAAGAUGUUUUGAUUACUGAUGAUAUUGUAGUUAUACUUAAAAAGCAUUUGGCUGUAAAAUGA